GGAGAAUGCUACUUUCCAUGUCAGCAGGUGAAGGUUUCUGUCAAGGCUUUCGGUCACCAUAGCGCAGUCGAAAAAUUGUAAGGAAAGAGGGAUCUGGGUGACUUUUCUGAAAAUUUUCUUUGUAGGAAAAAAUUCUUGGCGAUCCCCUCUUCCCCUUUCUUGGCAAGAACCCAAUAAAGCUUAUUCUUUUCUUCCUAUUUUUUUUUACCUUUUCAACUCAGAAUCCAAAAACCCCGAUGAUUCUUGAUUACAUUAUCUAAUAUUCGUCAAAGGUAUAUGAGAGCCCUUCUGAUCUGCCCUUUAAGAAUUUCUUCCGUUAUUUUUCAGGUCCUUGAGUCGCCUUAACAUUAAAGAGUAGUAUAUGUUAGAAGAUAUUUUAUUUGAGAUAAUUAGUCGUAAUAAUUCAAUAUGGGGAAAAAUUGGAUGUUCUUCGUUGAGCCAGAUGGGGUGAAUGGCAGUUAUCCGAUGGAUCCAAUUGUCCCACAUGUUUCUGGGCAUUGGCUCUUCCAUGUUUCUUCAUUUGUUGACAAUUCAAAGUAUUUCUACGUCCCUGGUAGCUUGGCGCUACAAGAAGCUUGCAAUUGCCUAUCAAAGUGUACCAGUGCCCUAUUGUUAUGGUUUGCUAGUGGUUCAAAUUCCCAUAUAAACAACAAUAUAUCAGGUGAUCAUAUUGGUUCUAGUUCCAGCUGUAAAGCUUCAGUACAAGUAAAGCGCGUUCAUUCUAAUAAGUAUGAUUUCUCGGGAUUUUUCUGGAAGUCAAGAUAUAAAGGUAAAUCUGCUGUGCCAGCAGUACUUGGCAAGAUAUCAAGGUUCACUCUGAAGCAACUAUUUAAAGAAGCCGAACGGCUUCAAUCACUUCCAGCACUUUCAUUAGCUGCAGCACUAGUACCACCGUUUACUGAUGUCUUUUCACAGAGAUGCAUGGAUGGAAGGCCCUGCGAGGUUGAAACUCGGGGCUGUGGACCAUUCAGUGAAAUUUAUCUUCAGAAUUUAGCUUGGUCUAGUAAUGCAGUUGAGCCAAGAACUGGCAUUGAGUUCCCUACAGUGUUGGACAACAUAAUAACUGGAGAAAAUACCAGUUUGACUCCAGAGGUCCUUGUUGGAAUUGGAUCUAGGACCAUGACCAUAAUCAGAAUCAAAUCUCUGAAACUCUAUGCAUUUGGUUUUUAUGUUCAUCCUUUUGAUGUCUGUGAGAAAUUGGGCCCAAAGUAUGCCUGCAUUCCGGAAUAUGAAUUGAAUAAACGCCAAGAUUUUUAUCAAGAUCUUCUCAGGGAGGAUAUUAACAUGACUGUUAGGCUUGUGAUUAGUUGCAACGGAAUCAGAAUAAGUACUGUGAGAGAUGCUUUUGAGAAGUCUCUUCGAGCCCGACUAAUAAGAACAAAUCCUGAUGCUGACCAUCACUGCUUGCACACAUUCAGUUCCAUAUUCUCGCAAGAUAUUCCCUUACACGUGGGAACGACAAUCAAUUUCCAUCGUACAGCUGAUGGAAAACUAAUUACCGAAGUUGGAGGAAAUCAACUUGGAGCCGUCCAGAGCAAGGAUUUAUGCAGGGCUUUCUUUGACAUGUACAUUGGUGAUGUUCCUGUGUGUGAGCAAACAAAAGAAGAGAUAGGCAAAAAUGUGGCGAGUAUCAUUAGGACGUGCUAAGUCAACUCUCUCGAGGAUGGUAGAUAAUUGGCUGUAUCCCAUUGUGAUUCUUUGAGCUUGAUGUUAGCUGCUACUCCAUCUCUGUGACAAUGACAACUCAGUUAAAUUGGUUGCAAGAGAAAAAUGAAAGACCGACUAGUCGAUUGUAUACUUUUCAUGUACAAGUUUGUUAUACGUGAUAGGAUUCCUGAUUUUGGCAUAAUUCUUCCUAUCGAUUCUAGAUUUUGUUUGUUUAAGCUGACUCCUCCAUUUGUAUAUAAACAGAAAAAAUAAUGGUAACUUCUAUACUGUACUAAUUUAUUCAGUGGAGUUGGAAUGUCAUUCUAUUCUUGAUUAA